CGACCACCGGCAGCUGUUGGAUAUAAAUGGCGGUAGGGGCAGGCGCGCUUGCGACACGGACAACUUAACUCCAAACGCAGAAUUUCUUUUCAGUGUUAGUUCAACAUUUUUUUUCAGUUUAAGCUGCCUUCAAAAUGUCAGAAACUGCGAGUAGUGACGCACCUCAGAAUGAAAGCAAUGCCCUUGCUUUUCGAUCCCAAAAAGAAAUGUUUGAGAAGAUGGAGGAGACAUUCAAGAUAUGUGCAGCCUGUGACAGAAAAGCGUCUCAGAUGUCAGAUCCAAAGGCACUUAAACGCUGUGCCAGGUGUCUGAAUGUGUAUUACUGCUGCAAGGAGUGCCAGAAGAAGCACUGGCCCGAGCAUAAGAAGCUGUGCCGGACCCUGGGACACGCGGCCAUAGACAGACGAGUGGAGUGGCUUAUCUACCAAGGCGAUCUUCCAUUCCCCACACAAGCAUGGACUAGUCCUGCUGCGGAGAUCAACAACUGGGACGACUGGCUGGCCAUGCAGGGAGAUCUGGCGCCCCGACUGGAGCCCGUCCUGUCUGGGAAGAACAUGAAAGACCUCUGGGGCAACGCUGGCCGCUCUCGCCCAUCCGAAGCUGACCUGAAAGAGUCCGUGUGGCGCGUGAGUAGCGAGUUCCUCUGUCGACCGUUGACAAUCGGUUGGGCCAUCAAAUACUUCAAGCUGGACCCCUAUGCAAAACCCCUCACCAUUCAUGUGGUGGGGGCCGGAAACAGCGAGACCCUGGGGGCCCGGGUGACGGACAUGGACGAGCUGAGCAACAUGUUCCCCGGGCACCAAGGCAUAGAGGUGGUGAUGGUGGGGCCGGAGGUGAUUCAGGGGAAGGCUAUUCGCCCACCGCUCAUGCAGUUUGGACCCAGGGGGAAGAGUUACAUCAGCGGCUACAAGGGCCUCUAUCAUCAGUUCUGGGAGCAUGUGGUGGAGAAAGGAGAAGCGGCUAAACCAGACCUUGUGGUCGCAUUUCAUCCAGGGGCAGAAAACUAUAGUUUGGAUGCGAACGAUGUGGACAAAGUGGAGCAGGGCUGGCUACCAACUCUGCUGCUGCUGCGAGACUACAAUCUGCCCACCAUUUUCACAGAGACAAAUGAGACGCAGCUGCAGUACACCAUUCAGAUCCUGCUGGAGCUGGAGAUGCACAUCAAGGCUUCGGGCGUGAACCCCUUCAGGUCUCUGAAGCCGGAGCAGGUGCAGACCUCCCCCAACAAGCCCCCACUCUACUGGAGCAGUCACUUCGUCUGCUUCCAGGGCCUGCUGGAGAGGCUGGAGGAGGGCGAAGAAGACUAGACUCGCACACACGGUUGUAUGUUUAACAGGGUUCCCACUGAGCAUGGAAAUCCUGGAAUAUCAUGGAAAUUCAAUAGAGGUUUUUUUUUCGAGUCAUGGAAAGCCAAGGAAUUAGGUCAUUUUGCCUGUACAGUCAGAGAAUAUCAUGGAAAUUUGUCAAAAGUAUAGUAUAAUAUCGCUACUGUACUGACAAUGUAUGCUGGUUUACUUGCCGCUCUAAAAUUGUGCAACAUUCUAGAAUGCAAAAAUAUUAAAGGGAGAUGGCUGAAAAUGGAAAUUUGAAAGACUGGCAAUCAUAAAUUGACCCCUUUUAAAAAAUCUGAUCAAGAUGUUGGGUAUUUCCUGUUAUGAGAGGCCAUGGAAAUUCUACUUUAUUGUCAGGGAAAGUCAUGGAAAAGUUGUGGAAUUUUAAAUCUGACUUGGAGUGGGAACCCUGGUUUAAAUCAGGUUUUUUCAACAUUGGGUUCGGGACCUCACAUAGGUCCCCUGGAGUUCAAGUCGCCUGAAAUGUCUAGACGAGACAUCUAAACAUGGUAGUUUGCAGUCACAAUUUGUCCAAUUCAGUGCAAGCAACUGUGAGCCAUUGCGUUGUGGUGAACAGUAGGCCUAUAUGUCAACUUUAAAUGCAUAAUAUUCUGUCAAAAAAAACAAAAAAAACAAUUUGAGAUAUCCAGAUGGGGUUGUGGGCCAAAAAAGGUUAGGAAUCUUGUGUGCGUGCGUGUGUAUGUGUGUGUGUGUGUGUGUGUGUGUGUGUGUGUGUGUGUGUGUGUGUGUGUUUGUGAGGAGAAGGUGGAAGAGGACUACAAAGUACACUCAGACACAAAGCUGCAUAAUGUAAAAGUAGAGGUAAACUGAUUAUAUAUGUGAGUCGUAGGCGGCUCUAGAAGAGGGGCCAGGGUGGGCCAGUACAACAUCCAUGCAAUUGAACUCUUAUUAUUUAUUUAUUACUCUCUUAACUUGUGAUGAAAAUCAAUGAAAAGCUAAAUAAACAUGUAUCAAAUAGAUUAUUGACAUCAUUUUGUCCCCUAACAUACACAUUGGCCUCACCUUGGCCACAAUAGUAAUUUUAGGCCUAGAAAUGCCACAGCUGUGUGCACAAGAUUCUGCACAUGACAUGACACUAGUUUGUAGUUGUUACAUCAGUUAUUCCAUUGUACCUAAGGGCUUUUCAUUUUCUUUUACACCUCUCUGCUCAGACCACAGUAUUAAAGUACUGUCUACGUGUGUGCG